AUGUCUUGGAACGAUGAUGAUGUCUUUGCAGGUUCUGCAAACAACGACGAUGUUGUCUUAAUGGACUCAUGGGAUGCUGAAGAACCAAUUAUGGAAUCUUGGGAUGCUGAAGAGACCCCUGCCAAGAAGGAAACUUCCCCAAAACCUGAUUCUAAGAAAAAUGCAAAGAAAGACAGUAAAAAGGACAAAAAGAGUUCUACUGAUCAAGUCUUGUUGGAAAUUGAUGUCUUGGAUGAAAAGACCCGUAAGGAAUUGUUGAAAAAGGCAGAAUUGGAAUCAGAUUUGAACAAUGCUGCAGAAUUAUUCGGUUCUUUGGGCGUCGCCGAAGAACAUCCAAGAGCUAGAGCUUUGAGAAAAGAACAAGAAGUAGCAGAUGCCAUGAGACCUGCUGCUUUCACUAAAGAUACCCCAAUUGAAAGCCACCCUCUUUUCAACGGUGAAAGUAAGAAAGAUUACCAAGAUUUAAGAAAGGCUUUGGCUACCGCUAUUGUCACAAUGAAUGAAAAGUCUUCUUUGAACUACUCUUCUUCUUUGGCUAUCGAUUUGAUCAGAGACGUUGCCAAGCCAAUGUCUAUCGAAUCUAUUAGACAAUCCAUAGCUACUCUAAACGUUUUGAUGAAAGAUAAAGAAAGAGAAGAAAGAAGAGCUCGUUUGGCUAAAGUUAAAGGUGGUACAGCUACUGGUGGUGCUGGUAAGAAAAAGGCAAAGGCUAAGACUAACUUGGGUGGUGCUUUCAAGAAAGAUCAAGAAUUCGACAUGGGAGUUGAUACCUAUGAGGAUUUUGGCGACGAUGACUUCAUGUAA